AUCCUCCGGCCCUGUCCGACCUAUUACGUCUGGUUUAGCACAUCAUCUCAGCAGGACCCCGAAUAUAUAGAAGGGUGGGCAAUACGUUGUUUUAAUGAAACCAUGGGCCGGCACGGCUCUGAGCAGGCCUGAAAAUGGGCCCGACCCGACAUUUAGACAGGUCGUGAUGAGGGGGGAUUUAAGGAAGACUCAAAGUGGUUUAGAAGUUCACCAUGUCAACAAUAAAAAAGAGAAAUUAAAACUAAAAAAGUAUAAUUGCAAACUAUAAAAUUUCUUUCAUAUGUUUCUGUGAUAUACUAAAAGUUAGGAAUAUUAUUGAAUUGACCCAUUGAUUAAAAAUGAAAAAAAUAGUUUGGGCGAAGACGACUUUAUAAAAAUCCUGGAGAUUUCACCUGUGGUGUGCACUGAUCAUAUGAUUCAGUUGGAAAUGGUUAAACUCCAGAGAAGGAGAGAAGAAGCUUGAUGUUGGCUUGCAGCCCUGACAUGAGUGGUGGUAACCCCUCAGGAGGCAGAGAAGAUCCUCCCCAUACACCAACAUCUUUACUCAACAACCUAGCCUGGAUACCUCCAACUAAUACAGUUGAAGAACCACCCACCAGCUCCGUAUUAGGUAGUACCCCUAUACGAGGGUCAGCCCCACCCAUCCGUGGUCUUGCCCAACCCCAUCCCCCUGGACCAUCAGAUUUUCCAGGAUUUAUUCGUUCAGCUCAUCAUAGACCUCCAUUCUUUAUUCGGGAAAUCUAUAAGAAUGGGUUCCUCAAACGAUUACCAUAUAACGAGAAGAAGUCCAGUGCACUUGCAAAGCUGAUGAAAAGUGACAGGUUCUGGGUUGUUUUCUCCAUACAUGAUGAUAUUCAUCCCUUCUUAGAACUGUGGCAUGAACCAACAGAAGUGGCCAGCAAGCCUCCAGUUUACAUAUUCCCACUGGUGGCAUGCCAGCAUAUUUCUCCUAGUAUCAUUCCGGCAGAUCAAGAGUGGAGUUUCGUCAUUAAUUUUGAUACUGUAGCUAUAAGGUUCUCCUGUAACUCUAGGGAGGUUAUGGAUGAUUGGGUUGAAGUGAUACGUAAUAAACUUGGAGAAAUGGGAAUUCUUAAUCCUAAAGGAAACCUGUACAGCAAAGUACCAUUAGGACCACCAGUAACAAAACCUGUGAUCAGAGAUCCAACCUCUCCCCUUCCGCAGCCUCCAGCGCGCCCUCUAACUGUGUCCCUACCAGAAUCUGAGAGUGGUAGUUCUAUUCCCAAAUUGGAGACCAUUAUGCCACCUCAAACAAAAUCUGUGAUAGAAACAUCAAACGGAGAAAAUCCAUCUUUUACCACGAGCAUUUACUUAAAUCAAACACCAGAAUCUUCAACUCAGACCACAAAAACUCCAAACACAUCUCUGAUUGUCAACAGAAAAUCCUCCCUCCCACAGAAUGCUAUCACAAAAACCAAAGUGACUGGUAAAUCCAUCUCACUCUCUCAGUCUCUAGCAGAUGUGACAAUAUCUGCGCAAGGAACAGAGAAGGGGUCUGGAACAGGAACUUCUAGUGUUUAUCUGAAUCAAUCCAGUCCUACCCGUCAUGUUACUGUAAUACCAAUUAACAGCCAGGACGAUGAGGAUAAAGAGGGUGCAGUGAAGCAGGAGGAAACUGAAGGAGUAAAUGUGGAGUUUGUAGAAUAUGAAAACCAUACAUAUGGUGCUAUUUUUGAUUUUGAGGAUAAGAUUGCUGGAACUGAUAAGAUUGUUUUGGACACAUCUAAACCUGUUGUAUCACAUGAAUCAAGUCCAAAACGAAGGGAUAAAAGUCCAAAACAGCAGGACAGAAAUUAUGAUUCAAACCCUAAAAUACUAGACAAUACAAUGCAGAAAGAUAAUACUUCUAGAAAUGCAUCAAGUCCUAGAAGAAAAGCAUCAAGUCCUUACAAAAGAGAAUCGAGCCCUAGAAAGAAAGAAUCAAGUCCUAAGCGGAAGGAUUCAAGUCCAAGAAGGAAAGAUUCAAGUCCUAGAAGAAGAGACUCAAGUCCCAGACGCAGCAGAGAAAAACAGCGUGAAGGUUACUACAGUAGUAGAGAAAGGUUGAGAGACGAACCACCUCCCCUCCCACACAGACCAGUUCUAAGACGUCUAUCAGAGCGUAGACAAGAGGUUUAUGAGGACAAGGUUAAUAUCAAGAAGAAGAUCAGAAAGAAGUCUCAGCGCUCCUCCAGUUUAGGACCGCUCCUAGACUCGAAUCAGCUUGGAGGUACAGAGAUAGGUGCAAGUACUCACAGUUUGGAGUCCGUGGAAAGCAACCCACGUCAAGCAGUUCCUAAAUCUGAUCGAGGACUUGGAGCUAUACCAAGAAGACCGCUUCCUUUGGCCCCUAGGUACGAGGAUCAAGGAGGGCAUCCUUUGCUGACAAGUCCUACCAGAGCACUUGCUGAGCUACCCCCUGGAGUCCGUCCUCCGUCCUAUCAUCCAUUGUUAGGUUUAGGUUCAGCAACUCCAGGAUCUGGGAAAGGUUUUCCUCCUAUGGUUCCUCUUCCAGGCCUAACCUGUCAAUUAUCUGCUUUACCAGGAGCAGCAGGUUCCAUACCUCAACCAGCACCUGAGGAGAGAACCUGGAACCAGGAAGAUCGGAGAUCUCUACGGGAGCAGCAGGUUCUGAGGUUGAGACAGGAGUUGGCUCAUCCAGGAGGAGUUCGCCUUAUUUUAAGGAAGAAGGAUGUUCAGAGUUCCUUGGCUCUUGUAGAUAUGUUUGGAUGUGUUUGGGUGGCAGGUUGGAAACAGAAGGAAUAUCCUGUCCUAAUCAAUGCUUUCCAUAUGGGAGAUCAGAUUCUAAGUGUAUCUGGUGUGAUAAUAAGACGAAGUGAGGAAUUCUCUAAACUUGUAAAACUGAAACCCGCAGAUCUACAUACAGAAAUCAUUAUCAGGAGGUUUCCCUUCUCUCAGAUAUAUCUUCUGAAACCCGAGAUAGAAGGACAGAGUCUAGGGAUUUUAAACUAUAAUAAUACACCAGAGAUAAGAGAGAUAGUUCCUGGUAGUGUAGCUGCAGCAGCAGGGAUAUUGCCGAAAGUUCGAAGUUUUGAUGGUCAGACUGCUGUUGCUCUGGUAGUUACGGAGCUUAAUGGACGUCCGGUCAAUCUGUUCUCCAGGGACGGAGAAUGUUGGGAGCGGAUACAGGCGUGUGCUCGAGAUAAUAGAGAGAUAUCAAUCAUUCUCCAGCCGGCAGAUAUACUUCAUAGGAUCCGGAAACAGUUCAAGAAUAUCCGGGGUUACAAGGAGUACAUACUCUCCUGAUAUCCAUGAUACAAGGAGUAUAUACUCUCCUGAUAUCCAUGAUACAAGGAGUAUAUACUCUCCUGAUAUCCAUGAUACAAGGAGUAUUUACUCUCCUGAUAUCCAUGAUACAAGGAGUACAUACUCUCCUGAUAUCCGUGAUACAAGGAGUACAUACUCUCCUGUUACCCAUGAUACAAGGAGUACAUACUCUCCUGAUAUCCAUGAUACAAGGAGUAUUUACUCUCCUGAUAUCCAUGAUACAAGGAGUACAUACUCUCCUGAUAUCCGUGAUACAAGGAGUACAUACUCUCCUGUUACCCAUGAUACAAGGAGUACAUACUCUCCUGAUAUCCAUGAUACAAGGAGUAUAUACUCUGUUGAUAUCCGUGAUACAAGGAGUAUAUACUCUCCUGAUAUCAAUGAUACAAGGAGUAUAUGCUCUUAUGAUAUCCGUGAUACAAGGAGUACAUACUCUCCUGAUAUCCAUGAUACAAGAAGUAUAUACUCUCCUGAUAUCAAAGAUACAAGGAGUAUAUACUCUCCUGAUAUCCGUGAUACAAGGAGUAUAUACUCUCCUGAUAUCCAGGAAACAAGGAGUAUAUACUCUCCUGAUAUCCAUGAUACAAGGAGUAUAUACUCUCCUUAUAUCCAGGAUACAAGGAGUAUAUACUCUCCUGAUAUCCAGGAUACAAGGAGUAUAUACUCUCCUGAUAUUCAUGAUACAAGGAGUAAAUACUCUCCUGAUAUUUAUAAUACAAUGAGUAUAUACUCUCCUGAUAUUCAUGAUACAGGGAGUAUUUACUCUCCUGAUAUCCAGGAUACAAGGAGUACUCUCCUGAAAUCCAGGAUAAAGUUUAAUAUCCGGGAUACAAGGAGUUUGUGCUCUAUAUAGUUAA